CACCACCACCACCACCACCACCACCACCACCACCACCAUUCUUCUCUCCACCAUGUUUCUCUCUGAUUCCUCUCCACCCACUAUCACCCUUAUUCAGUUUAAAACGCAUAUCAGCCACACAAAUCAAAUCCUUCAAUUCUUCAAACAACAAAAUAAUUGCAUUCAGACCUUCGAUUCCACUGCAACAACAAACAAAUGCAGUCUAAAAACUACAUUUGAACAUUAUCCACCACGCAAUUUCAUCAUUUCACCUUCAAUUCUCAAUUCCUCAAUCAAUUUCACUACAUCGGUACUCUUUUUCAUCUCCAAAACCCUAAUUUUCACCGCUUCGACCUCCUUCAUGGAGAGAUCCGGUAGCAGAGACUUGAGUAGCAUCCAUAAAGGUUCCGGUUCGGUUUCGGUUUCAGCUUCAGGUUCCGGUUCGGGUUCGGGUUCGGGCUCGGUUUUGGCCUCAGAACCGAUUAUACGAAUGAAGUCAGCUACUAAUCCAACUGAAAUGGGUGGAAACAUUGCGGUUACUGUGACACGAUCACCAUCGCUUUCCACCAGGGUUCCAACAAGUGUUUGUUCAAGGAUUUUGGUGUUCGCUCUAUGUAUGCAUAACCAAGCUUCAUGGGUGCGCUAACCAAAAUCCGAACUCGUAUGACAAAUGAUAACCCAUCUGCUUUUGAGAUUAACGAGAACGGAUUGUUGAUGAUCAUCGCCAUUUCUGCAUUAUUAGCCGUUGAAGUCAGUUCUGUGAUUCUGUUUUUUACAAAAAUCCCAUCAAAGUGUUGCACCAUUCUGAAGUUUUUUGCUAUCUUCUCGGCGAGCAUUUCUCCUUUCCUGCUUCUAAUGGUGUUAGACGUCUCCCCCUCGAUUUUGUGUUUGCUCGGCUAUGUCUUUGGUGGGAUCGUAAUUGCACAUGCCUGUUCUGGUGAUGAUGAUGCUGACAAAAACCUCGACAAAAGAUCACCCGUUGCUAUUUUCACCUACUCAGGACUUUUUCUUAUACCUCUUUCCCUUGUGUUGGUGCUAUUCGUCCCCAUAAACCUCGACUGGAUUGUGUAUUCAGUCAUAUAUCCAAUCUUUGGGGUGGAAAUGAUAUGUUUCUUCAUCAUCUACUUCAAGUUCACUGUCAUGAGUCUAUACCAAACCUUCGAAGCUUGUCAAGGUAUCCAUCAAGACAAGAACAAGAAUGAUUUGAAACCCCAACAAGGCAACAAUAAUGAGUUAGUUAGUUAGUUAGUUAGUUAGUUACAUGCAGGCAUUUAGAAGCUCAUCCUCUUUAUGUUUCAGAUCAUGAUGAUUUCAAUGGUUUUGGUUGAUUCACAUGUUUAGUUCCAAAAACUCUUACCUACUUUAGAAUCUUUCUUAAUAUGUUUCUGCUUGCUAUGGAA